AUGGAACUUGCAAGCCAGACCUUCUGGCAGGAUAUCAUUGAGCAACCGGAUGUGGCAGAGCCGGUGACUGUGCAGACUGCGACACUUCCGGAUAAGGUCAAGAAUUUGAGCUUGCUCCACUGGAAGUCUCAUUGGAAUGCGUCCCAGCGCUGUCUGAUCAAGUGGCCAGAAGGACCGCCAGGUCUGGAAAAGAAGCUGCUGCCAUCUCAUCCCGGUGUACGCCGGGGUGUGCUUCCCAACGGCCUGAGAUAUGUGCUGCUUCGAAACGCCAUGCCGCCAAAGCGCUUCGAGGCGCACAUCGAACUGCAUGUGGGAAGCAUAGACGAGGAUCCAGAUGAGCAGGGUAUUGCUCACAUGAUGGAGCAUGUUUGCUUCCUGGGCAGCCGCAAGCGUGAAAGAUUGAUUGGGACCGGGUCUCGAUCCAACGCAUUGACAGACUUCCAGCACACCAUCUACCACAUCCACGCUCCUGUAAAGAUGGAAGAUGGCCGGUCCAUGUACCCCUUGGCAUUGGAGGCCCUGAGUGAGAUCGCCUUUGGCCCCGAAAUGCUGAAUCAUCGCAUUGAGAAGGAGCGCAAGGCUGUGUUGGCGGAGAUGCAACAGGUCAAUGACAUGGAGUACCGUAUCGAGACGUGGACGCUCUCGGGCUUGCAUGAAACCAACAAGCUCGGCUCGCAGUUUCCAAUUGGAAAAGAGGAGCAAAUCAAGGCCUGGCAGCAGAAGGACCUUCGAAACUUCCAUGAGAAGUGGUACUACCCCGGAAAUGCAACACUCUAUGUCGUGGGAGACUUGGAUGAGACAGAAAUGAUGGAGGGUAUCAGAAAGGUGUUUGAGCCAGCCCAACCGAGACACAAGCCUUCCCCGGACUCUGCCAUCAUGGACCCUGUCUGGGGCGAGGAGUCGGCCGAUUCACGAUCCUUGUUUCGGCGUCGCAUUGCCCGGCACCGACCAGAGCAGCUCCACAACUUCAGUCUGCCGAUGAUCGGCACAAAUGAUGUUUUCACGAAGGCUGCAGCCUUUGACCCUGAGAACGGUGGCAAGCCCUGGCACGGACCUUUGCGAAUUUUCCGGAACGAGUUGCUGGAGGGUCUGCAGCUCAACUUCUAUGCGAAGACACCUGUACGCCCUCUGCGGACGUACGAGGACAUCCGCAACCUCAUCGCCGUCCGAAUCCUUGUGGGUGUCCUGCAGUUUCGCAUCGUCUCACGCUACUCUUCGAACCAUGCGCCGGUACAGAUCGAUCACAGCGACUCUUUCCGUGAAGGCUGCGCUGUGACCUCCAUCACGGUCAAUGCGGAUCCUCGGGACUGGCGCAAUGCUCUGGCUUGCGUCCUUCAAGAGAUCCGAGCGAUUUGUGACUAUGGCAUCACGGAGAGUGAGAUGAAGCGGUACAUGGACGCGAUGCUGAAGGACGUGCAGAAAGGUGUGCAGGAAAAUGAUACGGUGCCCUCAGAAGAUCAUCUCAACUUCAUCAUGACCAGUGACGUGUUUGACCAUGUCGUCAUGCAUCCAGAGCAGUCCUAUGCUGCUUUCAAGGAGGUAGCUCCGACAGUGACAAUGGAGCAGGUCCACGCAACAGCAAAGUGGAUGCUUGGUUUCAUCGGCUACUACGGCUUCGCUUCGGCACCUCCAGUGACGGCUAUUGUUGUGUGCACACCUACGCAAGUAUACGAGGAGCACACUGGGAAAUGGGUUCCCUUCAGCAUUACCGAGCAGGAGAUCAUAGAGCUGCUUAUAUCAGUGCCUGACAAGACCAAAGAAGAAGCACUGAAUCAGGUGGACGUUCCGGAAAACCUUUUGGAAGGAGCAAAGUUAGAGAAGCUGCUGCCGCCAAGUCCUGUUGAUGCUAUGACAGCAUGGAGAGCUGCUUCGCGAAAGGUAGAUGAUGCCACAGGAAUCGUGCAGCUCAUGCUGCCGAAUGGGGCGCGUGUCAACUAUGCCUGCACACCCAACGAAUCGCAAGGAACGAUGCGGAUGCUUGUUCCUGGUGGUCGGUCCUCGGACGAGUCGGACGAGCUGGGUUCGGCUAUGGUUGGCAUCCGGACCAUUUCGGAGUCUGGAGCUGUCAGUGAUUUCUCGAGAGAACAGAUUGAGUUGUUUGCCGUCUCAAAUUUGAUGAGUGUCCACCUGGACCUGAAUCUCGAAUUUUGCUACAUUGACGCCAACUUCACCAACACGACUGGUGGUCUGAACGCUGUGCUGGAACUUUUGCAUCUGCUCUUCCAGGAGCCACGCUGGGAGGUGCCAGCCUUCGUGAGGGCUCAGCAAGCUUACAAGGCUCAGGCCUAUGCAGUCCAGAAGUCGUUGGAGCAAAGCACGAUGGAUCGGCUUAUGCGGAUGAUGUAUUCUGACCCGCGAGUGUCCGAAGCGAAAAUCGAGGACCUGAACAAGCUCACCCUGGCCAAGGUUCGCAGAGCCGUGAGUGGACAACUCCGGCCGCAGGACCUGGAAAUCAACUUGGUCGCCGACUUCGAGGGCCGAGGCCAUGGCAAGAUGGCAAGCGUAGAGGGUGGACUCAGCACCGGGAAGCAUCGUGAGGAGGGCGACAUUGAGCCAGAGGAAGUGGAGCUUCCUGAAGCAGCCAAACAGCGCAGGUUCCUGGAGCUGGAUGAGGCUCUGUGGAAGUACCUAGGAUCGCUUCCCGCAAGCGAAGCCAAGCAGGUCUGCCUGGACCGCCCUCCGCAGAUCCACCGGGGCGAGGAAAUGUCUCCAGAAGACAGGCAGCGCUCGGCACACAUCGAGGACAGCGACGAGCGAGCAGUUGCAAAUAUCGGCGGUGGCGCGCCGAACCGUUGGGGCAAAGGUGACAAGUACCAUCAGGAGAUGAUGGAGACAAAGGGCUUCUCCUGGGAUGCACCGAACUCCAAGCUCAAGGAUCAUCCGCUCUACCCGUCCAUGUGUCUCAUGGCGAUGCGAGAGGUCAUCAACACUCGGCUCUUCUCUACCGUGCGAGAUUCGUUGGGACUGUCUUAUGACUGCAGCUUUGAUCUUUCGAUGUUUGACCGCUUGGAGGCUGGAUGGUACAGCGCAACCGUCAGCGCUCACCCGUCCCGGAUCAUGGAGGCGGUCAAUGCAGCCAAGGGCGUGAUCCAAGGCGUGAAGAGGCGCCCGAUCUCGGAACUGGAGCUGGCCACGGCGAGGAGGACGUUGCUGCGCCGGCAUGAAACCGACCUGCAAAGCAAUGAGUAUUGGAUCUCUCUGUUGACCCACCUGCAGUACGAUAAUCCAAAGGAUAUCAGCUGCGUGAGGGACAUCGAGAUGAUGCUCAAUGCGCUGACAUGGAGAGAUGUGCAGAAUGCGUACCUGACUCUCCUCACGGAGCCGGACCAGCUUUUUGUAUCUGUAAGUCGAGCUGGACCCGGUUCCAGUUUUGUCUCUGGCGGUGCUGCUCCCACUGCCGUCCCCACGAAGCGUGCGUUGAGCGAAGUUAUGGUGGACUAG